AUGUUCUGUUUAAGGAGUUGGCUGCCCCUCCUCUUCAUCCCGACCAACGCUUCGCCCAUCUUUAUCUUCUCCUUCUUCAUCUGCACCUACUUCCUAAACCGACCAUGCGUCUACUGCUCGUUCCUCCUCCUAAUACUCUUCGCAUCCUCCUGCCACUGGUCAGAUCACUGUUUCUUCGACUUCAGCAGCAACUGGUUUGAGCCAAGGCAACAGCCUGGGACGCUAUCCCCCGAGCUCGUCAACGCCUCCGCAGCCUUAUCGAACCAAACAUUAGAUCAGGUCGCGAUAUAUGCUGGGGCUCUGAACAAUACCGCUGCUGCUUUGGCAGGUACCGCGCUUGAGGAGGCGAAACGACGGGUUGCGCGGACGGCGUGGACUGGUAUUGGGGUAGAAUGGCUACGAAGUUUUUUGGGGCGCAGAGAAUGGAGGCUUCCAUGCGUCGAUGUAUACAUACGGCUUUGA